AUAGCCUAUGGGGAUAGGGGAGGGUGUAGGGGCCAGUAUUUCUCAGGCUAGUGAGGAACUGCUUGAUUCUUUGCAGCCUAGACAGAGGAGAGGCAGGAGCCCCCGACAGGCUACUCGCCUGGGCUGGGGAUGCCCGGGCAGAUGCGGAGGCAGCUGGAAAGGUGGCACUGCACUUGGGUUGUUAGAGCUGCCGCUGUUCCUAGGAGACCGAGGAGCAGCGAGCCUGCGGGGGAGGGGGAGCAAGUGGGUUGCUGCUUUUAGCAGCUGAAAGGGCUGCAGGGAGCUCUGGGUAAGACAUUUUCUGCUGCUGCUGCUUCUGCGGUAGAAGCUGCCGUGAGUAAGUCAGGGAAGGAGGAUCGAGAGGGAGGAGGCUUCAUUUGCAGCCAUGCUGAAUCACUGUUGCUGAUCAGAUCUCCCUCUGGUCUGCCGGGAGAAACGAGAACAGAGCUAGGAUCUCUGGGUGUAUGCAUAGUUCAGCGGCUACCACCCUGGCUGGGCCUCGCACAAUGGAGGGUGAAAGCAUCAAGCUGAGCUCCCAGGCCCAGAUACAGGCUGGGGAUGAUGAGAAGAACCAGAGGACGAUCAUUGUCAACCCAGCCCACAUGGGGAAGGCUUUCAAGGUUAUGAAUGAACUGCGGAGUAAACAGCUGUUGUGUGACGUGAUGAUUGUGGCAGAAGAUGUCGAGAUAGAAGCCCACCGUGUGGUCCUGGCAGCCUGCAGCCCCUACUUCUGUGCGAUGUUCACAGGUAUGGUGAGGGGCAAACAAUAA